AUGGAUGAUCUGCUUCUGCUCCAUCAUUGGUCAGUUUCCGCGAGUAAAGACAUUGUCAGGUCUUCCGAGAUCGAUUAUUACUGGCAAACAGUCUUCCCUCGGAUCGGCUUUCAAUACCCUUUCGUCAUGCAUGGCAUCCUUAGCCUGGCUGCCCUGCACAUAGCUCAUAUCGACAGUGCGAGUAGGAAGCGACGGACCAUCGAUGCCUCGCGUCACCACAACACGUCACUUCAGGGCUUUCAACAGGCUAUCGGCGAGAUGAGCGACGAGAAUAGUGACGCUCUAUUCGCAUGUUCCAUUUUGAACAUCAUCUACAUCCUUGCUAUGCUAAGGCCAGUCAAUGGUGAGAGCAGCGGUGGCAUCGGUUCCCGUUCCCGGAACAUACGCGCCCUCGGCACGGAAUGGAUUCCCAUCAUCCGCGGCGUGGAAGCAGUGAUUCAUCCCGUCUUCGACCGUGUGCGCAAAGGGCCGUUGAGCCCCAUGACGAACUUGGGCAACUGGGCGGAGCUGGACCUCGCCAGUGAAACUGCGCCCGAAGAUGAAGCCUUUUGCCGAAUUCGCGGCGCUUGGCAUGGGAUGCCUGAUUCGCAAGUCUACGAUGAAGCACUGCUGGUCCUAAGGAAGUGCCACCUCUACAUCACCCAGUUCGAGGCUAUGCCAGAAGAGUCGCUGCAUGCUUGGGGGUACAAUCGAGGCUGGUCAGGUCCAUUGAUGUUCCUGCAUUUCGCAUCAGAGGAUUACUUCACGCGCCUGCAUCAACGCCAGCCGCCCGCAUUGAUUAUCUUUAGCUACUUUGGUGCAUUACUGCAUGGUUUGAAUGACUAUUGGUUCAUGGAGGGAUGGGGCAAGGACGUAGUACGUGUCACGGACGAAGUUCUCGGCGAAUACUGGGAGUCCUGGUUGGAAUGGCCAAAGCGCAAGGUCGGGCUUGGUCAUGGCACAUGA